UAUAAAACCGCGGAUUGCGUGCGACGCGCCUCUAGUUUGAUCCAGAACUCUUGAUCCAUUGGUCGUCCUGUAAUUUCAUAGAAAUAAGAAGAAAAUCAUGUUCAGACUGUUGAUACCAUGCCUGAUAUGGCUGUCAACAGUGCGCUCGGAGACCGGGACGCAGAUGGGCAUGCCGGGCGAACCGCUGAUGGAGAAAAUGUCAGAUAUCUCGAUGCUGAAGGCAAAGAGGGAAUCCAUCCAUCAGCCAUGCGAGACAAUCUACCCGCACGUUCCCGCUUACACGCAGUCGCAUGUUCCCGCUUACACGCCGCCGCACGUUCCCGCCUAUGCGCCGCCGCCCGUUUACGUUAAGCCCUUCGUCCAGCAAGCGUACCUGAAGAAGGAGCUGGGCAUAGCUCAACCGUUAAGUCACCUGCAAUACGUUCACCAGGCACCCGCCUAUGCCGGUGUGGUGCCGAAGCCGGCAGUCACGUACGUGAAACCGGCAGUCCCCGCGUUGAACUACCAAUCGCUGCAUCAGUCGCUGCAAUACAUCAAACCUGUAAUGCCGAUUUACCAGAAGCCCAUGCUGUCGUACUCGCCGAUCUACCAGAAGCCGUUGUAUUACGCGCCCAUGUAUGAGAAGCCUGUCUAUCACGACGUGAUGCCGAAAGUCUUCUUCAAGAAAUACGAAGCGCCGGUUUCCCCGAUCGUUUACCAGAAGCCGUUGCUUCACGCACCCCUUCAGUACGCCGCGCCGAAGGUGCUCCAGGUGCAAGCACCGCAGGUGUCCUACGUGAAGCCGGUGGUCCACGCUCAACCAUCCAUAUAUGGCCCGCAACCGGUUCAUAAUUCCGUUAUAGUUAAGCCCGUAGAUUGUGUGUAGAUCGAUCGACCUGGAAGAUCGAGUCUAAGUCCUCAAAGAUGAACAAUCGGCGGGCGACAUUACACAAGGCUUUUAUCGAUCUGCAUCUUGUAAAUGGAAAAUAAAGCAGAAGAAUUAUAAUAAAAAUUUGUAAAAUACCUGAUAAUUGCAUAUAAAAUCGUAACGGAAUUAUGUAUUUAUAUGGCAGAAUGUGUAUUUAUAGAUGCUAGUAGUAAUAAAAAAUAGAGAGAAAUAUGGAUUAU